GUCAAAGUCUCGUGGUUUCUCGCGAUGACUGACUCCCCGCGACGUGUAGCAGCUAAUCCGAAGGAGCAGCUGUCUGUCUGUCUGUCUGUCUGUCCGUCUGUGCUCGGCGAGCGGUGGAAGUGGACAUAAGAAACAAGAUCAACACUGAUCAGAGUCAUGUCAGCGCUGAGUGGGAAGGUCCAGACGGUCCUGGGUCUGGUGGAUCCAGAUCAGCUGGGCCGCACCAUGACCCACGAGCACCUGACCAUGACCUUCGAGUGCUGCUACUUCCCACCUCCCCAAGGUGAUGAGGCGGUGGCCGAGAACCCUUUCCAGAUGCAGCACAUGCACUGGCUGAGGCAAAACCCCUACAGCUGCCACGAGAACCUGCUGCUGCAGCAGGAGACCAGCGCCGUGCGGGACGAGCUGCUGGCCUACAGGAAGGCCGGCGGGGGCGCGAUGGUGGAGAACACCACCACGGGCAUCGACCGGGACCUGCCCGUCCUGCUGCAGCUGGCGAAGGACACCGGGGUCCACAUCAUCGCUGGGGCAGGCUAUUAUGUGGACUGCACCCACACUGAGGCUACCAAGAAAAUGAGUGUGGAGCAGCUCACAGACAUCAUCAUCAGCGAGGUGCUGCACGGCGCUGACGGCACAGACAUCCGCUGCGGCGUGAUUGGCGAGAUCGGCACCGGCUGGCCAAUCACAGAGAGCGAGACGAAGGUGCUGAGGGCCACAGCUCACGCUCAGGCUCAGCUGGGCUGCCCCGUUAUCAUCCAUCCCGGCAGGAGCGCCGACGCUCCGGCUGAAGUUGUUCGGAUUCUCCAGGAGGCAGGUGGUGACAUCAGCAAAACUGUUAUGUCUCACCUGGACAGGACUAUAUUUGAAGAGGGUGAUCUCCUCGAGUUUGCUAAGCUGGGGAGUUACCUGGAGUACGACCUGUUUGGAACAGAGAUGCUGAACUACCCUUAUAAGCUGGACGUAGACAUGCCCAGUGACAGCCAGAGGGUGAAGGCCUUGGGGUUUCUGGUGAAGGAGGGCUACGAGGACAAGAUCGUGAUCGCGCACGACAUCCACACCAAGAACCGCCUGACCAAGUACGGCGGCCACGGCUACUCUCACAUCCUGAAGAACAUCGUGCCCAAGAUGCUGAUGAGGGGCUUCUCACAGCACCAGGUGGAUAAGAUCCUUAUUGACAAUCCAAAACGCUGGUUGACCUUCAAAUGAAUUUAAAGAAAUAAAUAAAGCAAACAAAGGCAAAGAAUUCGUUGUGACGUAGCUUUAUCAAUCAGAACUCAACACCUCACAAUGAAUGCUUGGAUAUCUUUGCAGUAAUCACAACACUCAUUUAUUGAUGUGAUUUUGAAUUAGCUUCAAUUUCAAGGCUCUUAAGUCUUCCAGGAAAGCAGGAAAAUAAUUACAGGUUGUUGUUUCAUCCACCUUGAAGUGUUUAUUUAUUUUCUCCUUUAUUAGUUAGUGGCUAAUUUCACCUAAGUAUGAAUUAUUUCAUCUUUAAGCAAAUUCUUUGAAGGAGCCUUGCAGGAUCGCAGUGCAUUUCAUUAGCGGGUUUGUUUCAGCCCCACGUUUGCCACAAAAAAAUAGCCUUUGCUUGUCUGCAGAGGUGUGAUUACAAUCCAAGAGAAAUAGUUCCAUUCUCUGGGGAGUCUACAGCGGUGCUCACAAAUAUGGUGCUAAUUGAUUUUUUAAUUUUAAUGUCAACGCUGAACACUAGAUUGAUCAUCAAAGUGUUUCAUAUCCAUUUUCAGAUUCAUUUUUUUUCUUAUCUGCAUAUUGACCAUUGAAAAUGCCUGUUUUACUUCAUUACACUUAAAAACCACCUUUUCCAAAUAUGCAUGGUUCUUUCUUUGGGUUGGCCUCCUUAGUUCCACUUAUGGGAAAACUUAGCAAUGUUUUCGGUGAUGAACUCUGAGGUCACAGUUUGACAAAGGCCCUGUUUCAUGUCCACCUAGACUGUAUGUAAAGGCACGGUCCAUGAAGAAAGAGCUGUGUUCAUAGCCUAGAAGGAUACUCAUCUACUGUAAUACAUUUAGAGCAAACUGUGAAGCGAGUUGUGAGCCAGGUCUUAACAGGUACACGCCGGUCCGAUCUCACUGGUGCUCCUUUUAGUUUAAUGAGAACAAAUCCCUGCAGCCACAUUUUAAUAGUUUUGCAGGAAGUCUUAUAAGUGGUUACCGCCAGAGCAGCCUAUUAAAAUUCACAGCUUUGGAAAGAUAUUCUAGAGUAUAAUAAGAAUAUACUGUGUGAGUCUGCUGAUGUUCAUAUACUUUGAUUUUAUAAAUUUUUUUAUUUUAUUGUAUGUGUUUUAAAACUACAAGCCUUCUUAAAGCUGACUGCUUUUUCCUUGUAGCAGACGUUUCAUUUCAUAUAUAAAUGUACGUUAGUAAGGCAUAAACACAAAUGUCUUUCACAAGCAGAUUGAAUCCACAUGCUCCCAGAGUCUGACUGAAUAAAACUGAAUUAAAUUAAA